AUGCACAGGGCGAGUCACAGCUGGAGGUGGGCAGAGAAGCCCCUGCUGGAGGUGGGCAGAGAAGCCCCUGCUGGAGGUGGGCAGAGAAGCCACCUGCUGGAGGUGGGCAGAGAAGCCACCUGCUGGAGGUGGGCAGAGAAGCCCCCUGCUGGAGGUGGGCAGAGAAGCCCCCUGCUGGAGGUGGGCAGAGAAGCCACCUGCUGGAGGUGGGCAGAGAAGCCCCCUGCUGGAGGUGGGCAGAGAAGCCCCUGCUGGAGGUGGGCAGAGAAGCCCCUGCUGGAGAGGCUGGUGAAGCACGAGUGCCGGGCGCAGCAGGCGCAGCAGGCGCUGCCGCUGGAGAUGGAAAAACAGCAGGGCACGGGCAGGUCUGUGCCGCAGCAGGUCUGUGCCGCAGCAGGUCUGUGCCGCAGCAGGUCUGUGCCGCAGCAGGUCUGUGCCGCAGCAGGUCUGUGCCGCAGCAGGUCUGUGCCGCAGCCAACAGGUUGUGGGCUGUGA